AUGGGUAAAUGCAUUUUCAUUGUGGUGCUCCAUCACAAAUGCCAAAUAACUGACUGAUUAUGACGCAUGUAAUUAGUUAAGUCUCCCAUUCCACAAAAAACGGUAAAGCUUGGUAAACGAAGAGAUCAAGUUAUUUCAUCAGCCUGUGCAUGCUGGAAGUAGAGCCUGUGCAAAUUAAGAAUUAGGUGUAACCCUUCUCCGAACCAUUUGUCUUUCCCGUCUUUUGUGUCUAAUGCCAUCAGAAUUUAAUGAUGGUUGUCACGUUUGUCUGCAUAUACAAUACACUGUCAUUUGGCAGAUACUGGAGCCAGUGAACCUCACUUGAAUGUCGUCAAUCAUUCACUGGAGACAGUAUAAGACGUGCUCAAGGAGAUCCCAGGAAAUAGGAUCAUUCAAUGUUAUAAAAUGUAUGUGGAAAGCAUAUUUGCUACAGUUUUCAGGCUACUUUAUUAUCGUGCUAACCUGAGUGUUCUGGUUUUGGUCUUUUUAGAUAACUGUGAUGGCCCUUUGGUAUCAAAUCUGCUUCAGGCCUCCUUUGAGAGGUCCUCACAGUUCUCCAUCAGUAACGCUCCACAAUUCGCCAAGCUCAACAGAAGAGAUGGUGAGUAAAGACUAAGUCCAUGCUCAACGCUGUGUAGACAUAUCCAUCAGUAGUAAUGAUCCUCUUGAUGCAUAGCCUACUUCCCAUGAACACCAUGUGCAGAGUAUGUUGGUCUCACAUUUCAUUUCCACAUACUUAAUUAAUAAACAUGAAUUAUCGGUGUAUAGCUAUAAAUGAUUUGAUCGAUGGAUUGUAAACAACAAAUUGCUUGUCAUUUAAUUCUAUGGUUGUGAGCAGUUGUUAGAUUAAUUGCCAGCUGUUUCAUUUAGAAUCAGCCACCUACAUCUGAUCACUAAACAUCAGUGAUAAACUCAAAGGCCAACCUAAUUGUCCCACGUACUCCAUACUCCUCAGUCUGGUUAGUAGUCAAUGUGGCAUCAACGUAAAGUUGCUGGAGUUACAGUACAUUCAUGCCUGCCUUCAAAACUGCUCUUCACUGAAUGGCCUUGAACAUACGUAUAAAUAUAUAGCAACCACAGACCUUCCAGGGUAGCAGAUAUGCACAUAUAUAUUUCACACCCUGUCCAUCAAACACUGACUGUACCCUGGGUUAUUUUUAGCCACGGCCAACCUCCCUACGUGUGUCUGUAACAACCAGAAUGAUCCUGCUCCCUGGGGGGGGGGGAUCCGUAAACGAUGCUUCCUCUGUGUCUCUGACUCUGGUUUGAUAUGCUGCACUCAUCUGCUCCCAUGGUGGUGUGUCCCAGCCCAGAGCAGCUGAGUAAUGAACCUUUCAGCCAGAGCUGAUCUGUCUUCUUCCGCUCGACGACUGAGUAGCUGUGGGGAUUAAACUCAUCUUUAAAAAACACAAUACGUUACAAAUCUCCACCCCCUGUGGAAUCUUAGCCGCUGAAUUCAUAACAGUGCUAUACAUGAUGGAGAUGGACUGGCCAAUGUGUUUGCCUCAGUAAAUCUUGAAAUUAAAUUAGAAAUUCAAUGAACAGACACACACACAAAAUAGUGGGGGGUUUCUAUCACCAAAAUACAAUAGAUCUACUUCUCACCUCACGCUUCGACAAGCUUCACAUAUACUGGAGAUGCAUAGCUUAAAUGGAGAGUUUUUUUUUUCUUAAGUAAAAAAUAUACUUUCUAUGUAAUUUCAAGCUUAGGAAAAAACAUACUAGGAUAUCUGCAUCUCAAUGACAGGCUAUUAAUCAUUCUCUGCUAGCAUGUCUGUUUCUCUGUUAGUUUAUCUGGGAGGGCCGCAGGCUAAGGGUUUAUCAAGACUGUGUCCAUAUUUUAGAGUAACGGCUCUUCGUGUAACAGAAUGCUGAAAAUCAGACCAGAAUCAAAGCCUAUCGUUAGUUGUUUUUGUUUCAUGUUUACUCUCUGUUUUUCCAAGGCAGACCUACAUUAUUGAAGCCAUUAAUGGUUCACUAGCAUAAAGACAAGAAAAAAAAAACUCUAAAUAGUUCAGAAGGAUCAGUCUAGGGCACUACCAAGACUGAUACAUAAGGGAUAGCCUUUUACCACACUGUAACGGAAAACUGUAAUUUAUACAGUAAUUUUAGGUAUUAUCAACAGUAGAAAAUGUAGAAACAAUUUACUGCAGCAUACUGUAAAUGUUAUUUUAUUAAUUUUUUCUUUCUUUAACAAGGGGAACCCAUUGAGACCAGAGUCUCAUUUACAAUGGUGCCCUGAAAACAACAUAUAAAGUAAUGUGAUCAACAAUUCAAUCAUGAUCACUACAAAAUUACAAUUACAAAAUUUCAAAUAGAUUAUGUUACAUUCAAAAGGGCAGUAGAAACAAAUAUAUACAAUAAAUGAAAACAUGCAGUUUUCAUUGGUCACAUUUUUUAUCAAGAGCCCUAAAUUCACCUUUUGGGGCUUAAGAAUCCAGUUUUAGAAUGACUUGUAGGUCAUUCCAGGAUUGAUGGGCACACACUAACUUAAAGCAGUCUUCCCUAACUCAGAGGAGACCCUUGGAACCUCUAGAACCAACCAGUUGUGAGUCUUAUAAUUACUAGAUUUCCAAUUUAGAAGUGAGGUGAGGUAGUAUGGGAGUUUUUGGAGAAGUGCUUAAUAUUUAUUUAACCUUUUUUUAACAAGACAUAUUGAGACCUAGGUCUCUUUUCCAAAUGCACCCUGUAUAAUAAAAUAUAAAAUAUACAUUACACACAAUAUAUAUACACACAUUAAAAUACAAAAAUACAGUCAUGGCAAGCACAAAUAAAACAUCACAAAUCACCCAGAAAAACAGUUACAUUUCUCCACAAAUAAGUCCCCAAUCAAUACUUUAAAUUGCCUGAAUGGCACCAAAACAUUAAGAUUAAAUGUAUUUUGAAUUGUGUUACAGCGAUUUUACAGAUUUGUAUGCACUCACUAACUGUUAGUCGCUCUGGAUAAGAGCGUCUGCUAAAUGACUAAAAUGUAAAAAAAAUAUUUACCUAGCUUGGUGGAGAUCCUAGGAACCUCAAUAGUUAAUCAAACCUGUGAAAGGGUUAGGCAACUCAGAUGUCUGUACUUCAACAGCAAAGUUAGAUAAGAUGGAGGUUCAUGAAGUAGGGCCUUGUAAACAAAAAGGGAGUAAUGUAGAGAUCAAUGGGUCUUUAGCGAAGUCCAACCAACCUUUUGAUACAGGAUACAGUGAAAACUGUCGACUGUAACAAAACGAAGGGCACUAUGGUAGAUGGCAUCCAAAGCUUUAAGUAUGGUGGCAGCUGCACUUUGAUAAAAACAUGUCACCAUAAUCAAGAACAAAUAAUGCUUAGAGCAGCACGAUCUGUUUCUGUAAAAAAGCUUCUUAACCAGCUCAUCUAUAUGUUUUUUAAACGUCAAAUCCAUAUCAAUCCAAAUGCCUAAGUAUUUAUAUGCAGGAACACAUUUCAUUAGAGAACCAUCUAAUGAGUGAACGUAGUUAAUCUGAAACACUCUUACGAGAGUUUAAAAACAGCAUGUAUUUUGUUUUGCCCGUAUUAAGCACACAUUUUAAAUCAGCAAGGGAUUCCUGCAAAGCUAUAAGAACUGACUGUAGUUUUGACACAGCCAGAUCAACAUUCGGGGCAAUAGCAUACAUAAUAGCAUCAUCUGUAUACUGUAUACUGUAGAUGAAGUUAACAAUUUUUAAAAGAUUGACCAAUGGUGUUUAUAUAAAUAUUGAAGAGAACAGGUCCCAAAAUCAACCCCUGUGGUACACCUUUACGUACUUCAAGAAAUUCUGACUUAACCCCAUCAAUCACAAUGUGCUGAGGUUCUGUCACUAAGACAAUCAUGAAACCAUGAUUAAUAGCCAAUGUUGGCCACUUCUGGUAGUCAGAGAGUCCCAGCCAACAGAACUAAACAUGAGUCAAUAUUGUGUACGGAUCAUUAUGUUGCAUUGGUGCAUUAUGGUGCAUUGUGGGAAAAUCGCUGUAUUUCCAAUGGUACUAUGGGGUAAUUCCACCCCAUAGAAUACUUUAGAGCACCAAAAACCUUUUGACCACUAUUGAGUGCAUGGUGUUGUUGUGUCUGGCUCAUUAACAUAUUUGGAGGCGUGCCUUGUAAGAGGCUAUAUUUGUUGCAUCCGUGAGUGAGAACGCUGUACCAAUUUAACUCCUAUGUGGUUAUAGUGCCCCAUCACUGUCAAGUGUAUAGGGGACAGAUUGGAGUGGCAGCAAGUCUUAAACCUUAAAACGGUUGAGCUGUUUUGCUCUGUUGUCGCUGCCAGUUUGGAAGCUGUUGUUAAGGCCUCUAGAAGUGCAAGUGAUAUAAAACACCAAAUAUUCAUUAAUGUGUAACACUUUACCUAACAGCUAAUCUGCUUGCACCAAUCCCAAUCCCUGCUUGCACCAAUUACAGUGAAAUACUUUGAAAUACAAACUGCUUCCCGCUAAUGAAUUUCAUGUAUUCAUUCAUUCAUUCUGAUUAUGGUAGCAUUUAGUUUUUUUUUACAGUAUAAUACAGUCAAUUUUAUGGUAUUGUACUGUGUGUCAUUACACAGUACUUGCUUUGAUACCAUAUUCAUAUUACAGCAGGUGUACUGUAAUAUGAAAUACAGAAUUGUACUUGCCACUGAGCUCCCUGUAAGCCCUUUACAGUGCACUGUCCGAAUCACCUCCAAUAAGGCUACAUUAAACUGCUUUUAGACAGGGUUUAGAUAAUUCUGCAGUGCUCAUGAACACCUAUAGUAGAGUACAGCCAGGGAGUCUGAAUGAAUUAACCCAAAUGUCCAGCUGAAUAAUGCCUUAUUAUUCCUGUCUGACACAGCAGACUCACAGCCCUAUAGCCAUAAUAACUGCCACAGUUACCAGUCACCAGACACAAUCCCACUCUCUCCCACACAUUCAAUAUUCUCUGAAUCGGCUGGAGCUUUAAGGAAAACUAUCUUUCACACUGGAGCUGUCUGGACUACGCAUCUGUGUGUGUGUUUGUGUGUGUGUGUGUGUGUGCAUCUUUCUACUCCUGCUGUGUCACACCUAGCCAUGCUAGGUCACUUUCUGCACCUUCCUGUUCUGAGCUGUUUUCUCUCUCUGGUCUCCCAAGGAGCGGGAGGCUGGUCUCCCCAGGUGACAGACAGACAGCCGUGGCUGCAGCUGGACCUCAGGGACAGGAUGGAGGUGACGGCCAUCGCCACCCAGGGGCGCUACGGCGGCUCAGACUGGGUCAGCGGCUACCUGCUGCUGUUCAGUGACACAGGCCGAGCCUGGAAGCAGUACCGACAGGAGGACGGGGUGGGGGUGAGUCUCCUCGUUGAUUAUUUAUUUACCUUGCAAGGCUCUGUUCUCUAUUUUAAUCCUUUAAAAGUUUUUUCAGGCUGUUAACUUUGCCAAGCGUGUUCAUUUAUAUGCGAGAGCUUCAGUUCUAUAACUGUCAUUCCUCAUGACAACGGUCCGAAGAGGCGUUAUAUCUGACAGUAACGACAGAUAUCCUUGGGGAUAUACGUAGCUAGCUAGUUUGCCUCCCACCUGUCAACUCAGAGGCAAAUGCUGACAGCAAUGUUUGGGUUUGCUGAAGUAGAUUUGAAUCAGACUGAAAGAAAGUAUAUGGAGGAAUGACACUGCUAAAUACGACUUCUGGUUAAGAAACGUCUGAAUCAGCGUCUGAGCUCUCCAUCUUCCUUCUGUCAGAUAAGAGGGAGUUUUAAUCCACUCUUUCAAGUCUUUACUUCUGUUUAGCAUUGCCAUGAGGGACAGACAAACGGUUAUCAAGGUUUUUAGAGUCAGACUGUUUUUUGUUCCUGUGGUUUGAAAUCAUGACAAAGGAUGGCUUUUGCAGAUGCACAUACAACUCAUCAGGCAACUAGAACCCCCUGGACAGACAUAAACACAUGCUGCAACUCUUCAGGAAACUAGAACCACCUGGACAAACAUAAACACAUGCUUCAACUCAUCAGGAAACUAGAACCCCCUGGACAAACAUAAACACAUGCUGCAACUCAUCAGGAAACUAGAACCACCUGGACAAACAUAAACACAUGCUGCAACUCAUCAGGAAACUAGAACCCCCUGGACAAACAUAAACACAUGCUGCAACUCAUCAGGAAACUAGAAUCCCCUGGACAAACAUAAACACAUGCUGCAACUCUUCAGGAAACUUGAACCACCUGGACAAACAUAAACACAUGCUGCAACUCAUCAGGAAACUAGAACCACCUGGACAAACAUAAACACAUGCUGCAACUCAUCAGGAAACUAGAACCCCCUGGACAAACAUAAACACAUGCUUCAACUCAUCAGGAAACUAGAACCACCUGGACAGACAUAAACACAUGCUGCAACUCAUCAGGAAACUAGAACCCCCUGGACAAACAUAAACACAUGCUGCAACUCUUCAGGAAACUAGAACCCACCUGGACAGACAUAAACACAUGCUGCAACUCAUCAGGAAACUAGAAUCCCCUGGACAAACAUAAACACAUGCUGCAACUCAUCAGGAAACUAGAACCUCCUGGACAAACAUAAACACAUGCUGCAACUCAUCAGGAAACUAAAACCACCUGGACAAACAUAAACACAUGCUGCAACUCAUCAGGAAACUAGAACCCCCUGGACAAACAUAAACACAUGCUUCAACUCAUCAGGAAACUAGAACCACCUGGACAGACAUAAACACAUGCUGCAACUCAUCAGGAAACUAGAACCCCCUGGACAAACAUAAACACAUGCUGCAACUCUUCAGGAAACUAGAACCACCUGGACAGACAUAAACACAUGCUGCAACUCAUCAGGAAACUAGAAUCCCCUGGACAAACAUAAACACAUGCUGCAACUCAUCAGGAAACUAGAACCUCCUGGACAAACAUAAACACAUGCUGCAACUCAUCAGGAAACUAAAACCACCUGGACAAACAUAAACACAUGCUGCAACUCAUCAGGAAACUAGAAUCCCCUGGACAAACAUAAACACAUGCUGCAACUCAUCAGGAAACUAAAACCACCUGGACAAACAUAAACACAUGCUGCAACUUUUCAGGAAACUAGAACCCCCUGGACAAACAUAAACACAUGCUGCAACUCAUCAGGAAACUAGAACCUCCUGGACAAACAUAAACACAUGCUUCAACUCUUCAGGAAACUAAAACCACCUGGACAAACAUAAACACAUGCUGCAACUCAUCAGGAAACUAGAAUCCCCUGGACAAACAUAAACACAUGCUGCAACUCAUCAGGAAACUAGAACCUCCUGGACAAACAUAAACACAUGCUGCAACUCAUCAGGAAACUAGAACCUCCUAGACAAACAUAAACACAUGCUUCAACUCUUCAGGAAACUAGAACCCCCUAGACAAACAAAAACACAUGCUGCAACUCAUCAGGAAACUAGAACCACCUGGACAGACAUAAACACAUGCUGCAACUCAUCAGGAAACUAGAACCUCCUGGACAAACAUAAACACAUGCUGCAACUCAUCAGGAAACUAGAACCACCUGGACAAACAUAAACACAUGCUGCAACUCAUCAGGAAACUAGAAUCCCCUGGACAAACAUAAACACAUGUUCCUUUAUCACACCAUUCCAGAGUGUGGAAUAAGAAUUUUAUUCAUGUCCACACACGAUUCAGAAAUGUUGCACUUGGCUCUCUGUCCAUUUUCCCCCUCAGAUGCAGUGUCAUUGAAAAGUCACACUCUGGAGGAGGAAAGAUUGAUUUACUUAUCAAGUCCUUUUAUUGCCUCAUCAAAAUGGAUGCCGUGUCUCACCCUGGAGGUGUGAACUUUUCAUUACUCACACUCUCAGAAACACAUGGUUGAAAGAGUUUAGCCCGACUACUCCUUUUAUUUCUCCCGGUACAGUCAUUUUGAGCCUAUCUGAUGCUCUAGGCCCAGGCCCAACCACAGACCGACAACACGUCUAUUGCUGGUCAUUGAGGUGUUGCAGAUGAUGCCACAGCAAUUCCAGUGACCUUUCUAUUAGGUUCUGUCACUUGAAACCAAGCAGACAUACACUUUGCAGUAUUGUUGUUGGUGUAAGAGGUGUAGGAGCCAUUAGAUUCAGGGUAGUGGACAUAACUGUGCUGACAAGCCAGCUUGGGCCUCUUAUGUAGCUGACAUUGACACAUAUCACUCCACACCCUCCCCACUGGGCACAAAAAUUAUUCAAUCAACUUUGUUUCCAUGUAAUUUCAACCCAAAAAAUAUCCGAUGAUGUUUAAUCAACGUGGAAAACUGAUUAGAUUUGCAAAAAGUAAUCAAUGUAAUAUCAUACUUUUUUUCAUCCAAACUUUAACCUAAAUCCAAUGACAUGGUGAAAUAUUUUGUUGAUUUCACAUUGAAUUCACAUUACUUGACAACUCAACCAAAUGCACAUCAAAACUAGACGUUGAACUAAACGUCUGUGCCCAGUGGAUAAUCUAUCUUCAUCUCCUAGCCUUUGUCACUUAACGGCAGGUGAACCUUGAUUCCUCCUAGUGGAAAGUGCUGAGCGCAGAGGCUUUUAGAGUGCUCGACAGUACACAGUUAUUACUGUCAUUGCAUAUCUGCCCCCCAAAGAUAUGCAUUUUAGACACUUUCAUGCCUCAUAAGUUGUCAUCUCAAGGAUAGUUUUCAAGGGCAUAGUGCCAUAGUCUAUACUCAGAGGUACUUUGCUAGGAGGGAAUGCAUGUACUUUGUCUCUCAUGAAAGUAUUGACAUUCAAAAACAGGUUGAACAUAAAACUUGUUUUGGCCAAGAAAAUUGGCACAAUAAUUUCACGAUAAUAGCAUUGUUAAUAUAAAUGAAAAGCUUUAACUUGGAUUGCGCAUCAUUUGUUUCUAACUCUUAAACAAAUAGAUCAGGAUAAUGAUUGGUAUUUUUGGUCAACCAUUACAUACAUAGCAGCUGAAAAUGAAAUCGUUCUAACAAAACAAACUACAGUUCUGCUUUGGUUUGUUUUGUCAUUUAGCAGACGCUCUUAUCCAGAGCGACUUACAGGAGCAAUUAGGGUUAAGUGCCUUGCUCAAGGGCACAUCGACAGAUUUUUCACCUAGUCAGCUCGGGGAUUAGAACCAGCGACCUUUCGGUUACUGGCACUAUGCUCUUAACCACUAAGCUACCUGCCGACAUUGAGAUAACAAAUUAUUAACUUUGUUUCUAAAUUCUAACAUUGUAGCAUAGGUCAUAGGCUAAUUCUGUCUACUGGGCAUGUUUGAAAGGGUUAACGCGACAUCAAUUAUGUUACAUACCAUAUAGUUCUAAAAGUGCUGAUAACCAUAAGAAUUAACAUUUAUUUUUCAUUUAACCUUUAUUCCACCAGUAAAUCUCAUGAGGUUUGUUCUUCCGUUCUCCGAGAGACUUUGCCCUUAAUAAAGAAGAGGUGAAUGUCACUCUCAUGCAAACCAUGGUGCUGUAAAGGUUUCCGAGGUUCAACCCACUCUUUAUUCUCCAUGAAAGGUGUCAGUGACUCUUUUGAUCUAGGCACACGGCACUUUUCAGAAACUAUUUGUCUCUCCUGUGAAUCAGACAGGGCACAUUUUUUUAUGGUAUUUAUUGACAUGCUGCUGGUAAUUUUCACCAGGUAUCCAGGAUCAAAGACACUGAAAGGCCAGAACAGUUGCAACAUUGUCCUUGCUGCAUACACAUGUGGAGGAAAUAAAGACUUCGAUGUAAACAGGUUGUGCUUCGUUAAAGCCUAUGCUUCUUAAAAUACGUAUUUUAUCUUACAGUUUAGGUCACACAUUUGUUUUGAACCUUGAUAAACAGGUCACAUAUUAUGUAAUAUGAGACUUGUUAAGCAUUCAUUUAGGCCUUAUGAAAGGCUUCAUUAAGCAUUCAUAAGUUAUACUUGGUUUAAAGUGUGACGAUAAACAGAUUAACAAACCUAUUAGUGCUGAGUGCUGCUCGCAGGCUCUCAUUACCCCUGAUUGAACACAUGACCACAACCUCCCUCUACUUCUGUUCAUCCCUUAUUUCCAGCUCUCUAGUCUUCCAUUACAUGCAGGCUUGAGCAGCCCACAGGCCAUUCAAUAUGCAGUCUAUUACCAUGUGGAGAUUGGGUAGCUUUAGACCAGGGUCUGGUGGUCAAUGUAGAGCCUCUAUGACCCUAAUAUGAUGUACUAUCUGGCCCAUAGUCGUAUCCAGUGGGUAUAGCCAAGGUUGCCAGCCUUGCGUCACCACUAUGACACACAAACGUACAUCAGGAGAUCGGUUUACCAAUGACUCCAUGAUCGACGUUUUAAACCCAGCUUUUAUUCUUCCAAGAGCACCAAAUCCCAGUAUCUGCCAUCGUCUAAUUAACAUAACUUUGCAUGGCCCAAAACAUUAAAACAAAAGGCAUAAAACUUCACACGCAUUCUCUAAAUUAAUCACCACACCUCAACACUAUGAUAAAGCACACCCCUGAGUCGUUCAUCUUUGAACUAUCCGCCAUCCGACUAUCCGCCAUCCGAUUAUCCACCAUCCGACGAACAGAAUAACAGUUUCCCUGGAACAAUAAAUCCAUGAAACAUAUCAAAAUGCAUAGCUCUUUAUGAACUCUUGAAACAAUCCUAAACAUGACAAUUUAAUUCACACAGUUCAAGUUUCAAGUUUCAUCAGUCUUCACCUCUCCUGGCUUUAGUGACCCUUGUAUUUCUGUGGAAAUGUCUCUUCAUCGAGACUGCCACAGAUAAGGUGUGUUUGACUCCUGUGAUAGCCCACAGAUGGUCUGUCAUUCAAACAAUGCCAUAAAUCAUGAUUGCGUCAUCACGCUGGGCCUCGGUGCCAGCAAGUCGUUAGAGGCAUCUUCAUCACCGGCCUUCAUCAUCAUUCACAUUGGUUCACUCUCUAUGUUUCCACUACAUUCACAUUGGUUCACUCUCUAUGUUUCCACUACAUUCACAUUGGUUCACUCUCUAUGUUUCCACUACAUUCACAUUGGUUCACUCUCUAUGUUUCCACUACAUUCACAUUGGUUCACUCUCUACGUUUCCACUACAUUCACAUUGGUUCACUCUCUAUGUUUCCACUACAUUCACAUCAUUGUCACUCAAAAAUAAUUUCUGAAUUUAGUUGCUUGUAGAAUAAUGUUACAAUGCAAAUGUCAUGUGUAAAAUAGUUUUAUUUUAUGUCGUUUUGCAACUAAACCUCCCUUGCACUGCACUACUUUGUAAUACUUUUUGCAUAGUUGUUUCGUUGGGCUGGCCCUCAUCCUCCAAGUAUGGUUUGCUGCAGCCCAAUAUGGCGAGCGGAGUUUGGGCGAGUGGGUGUGUCGAAAGGAGUGGGUGUAUGAAAAGCGAAUCAGCUAAUUGGGCAGAUUUGUUGCCUCUCAAGACGUGUUGCGUGUCUGAUUGGGCUGCACGAUGAGUCGAUAAGCCGGUGUUAUAUCGACGUGCCUGCCGACCUGUGGGUUCUUCUUACUGGGUAUCACAGUCAUGUCGCCUGCGGAAGCUAACGUGGCCAUUUUUUUCUCUCACAUGAUUUUAUUUCAAGUAGGAUAGCAACCCACACAAUAAAUAACUAAUAUGGAUAACCAUCUAGAUGUCACAUUGAUUCAUACAUUGAUACAUACAUACAGUGUACUACUCAAUGGGGAGGGUAUGUCCCGCUUGACAAGCACUACUGUCCAGCAACAGCGUGGGAAGUAGCUACCUAGUAGCCAAUAUCAGGGUGACAGUCACAGUAAGCACACAUACAACGAAUGAAGCAACAGUACAUCCAUCAUUCAUACUUUUAAUAAAAAAUAAAAAAUAGUCCGUUUUAUAACUGAAAAUGUACAAUUAUUUGUUUAAAACUAACAGUGAAAUACGACUCAGACUCAUCCUCUGGCUUAACAACAGAAGUCCAAACUCUGGCGGUACGGUCGCUCAUUGUACGGUAGUUGCAUGGUAAGAAACUGAAGGAAAAAAACACAGCUCAAUCAAAACCGUCUAACCCCUAUAGCAGAGCGCUUUGGACACACCCACUCCUUUCCACACGCCCACUACUUUCCUUUCGAAACACCCACUCCUUUCCACACGCCCACUACUUUCCUUUCGACACACCCACUCCUUUCCACACGCCCACUACUUUCCUUUCGAAACACCCACUCCUUUCCACACGCCCACUACUUUCCUUUCGAAACACCCACUCCUUUCCACACGCCCACUACUUUCCUUUCGACACACCCACUCCUUUCCACACGCCCACUACUUUCCUUUCGACACACCCACUCCUUUCCACACGCCCACUACUUUCCUUUCGACACACCCACUCCUUUCCACACGCCCACUACUUUCCUUUCGACACACCCACUCCUUUCCACACGCCCACUACUUUCCUUUCGACACACCCACUCCUUUCCACACGCCCACUACUUUCCUUUCGACACACCCACUCCUUUCCACACGCCCACUACUUUCCUUUCGAUACACCCACUUGCCCAUAUUGGGAUACAGUUACCCCCUUCUCUCAUCAUCUGCUCUGUAAGGAAUAGGUGGUGGGCCGUAGCAAGCUAUCUGCUUUAGUUUUAAAGAUGAUCUCUGUCGUGGGAGGAGCUGUAUAUUUAUUUCUUCUGAACACAUGUCAAUUCUUGCAAAACAUUUCCAAAUACUUAAUUUUAUGUUUGUUAGCUGGACAGGCAAAUGUCGCAGAGUAUUAAACUGUAAACCAAUCAAAACUUGUGUACUAUCCAUGGUACUAUCUCUGCUGAUCAAGUCUGCCAAUCACGUUAUCCGUAUCUAAGGUAGUAGACAGCUGGUGACAUCUCGAGAGAUAUCUCUGUCCGACAAACUGCUAUCAGAUAAAGUAUUUUUGAUUUAUUUGUAAUCUAACUAUUUAGUUAUAGAAAUGUGAUACCAUCAAUGCAAGCUGUAAAAUGACUCCCAACUUAGAACACAGCAACCUUAGUAAUGUAGCUAUCUUGCUAGUUAGCUAGCUAGUUACAACAAGUAGAUCUGUUGCUAGCUAGCAGGAGCAGAUAGCUUUAUCACGAGCUAGCAUUUCAUUCUAGGACAAGGAGCAUUUUAGCUAUCAGUUUAUUCCAAGUAAUAAUUUAAGACUACGAAAAUCUAUAGGACAAGUAGUGUAAAUCUAAUACAGUCAUCAAGGCAGGACCCACUAAUUUCAUUCAUACUGACAAAUAAAAAAUGCCACAUUAUCCCUGUCAAUAGUUGGAGUAGGAUGAUUGCAUGGCACCCUGCCUCAGACUGUCAGAAUGUUCAUUUUCUAGCUCACAAACUACAUUGCUUUGCUGUGAUCAUUUAUUUUAUUCAUUCUUAUCUCUCACUUUUGUCUCAUGUGAUAUAUUCAGCUCUUCUGUGUCCUGCUCCCAGAGAUCAACCCAGUUCUAUUCACCAAGCAUAGGCUGAUUCACUCACAUGUGAGGAGAACCAUCCUACUGCAGUUUGAACUAGCCCUGCCAUCACUAUUUAGACAUUGAGACCACAUAUGCAUUUGCCUUUUGGCUUUGGGGGUUUUGUCUUAAACAUUUGCAUUUUAGAGUUGAACGCCAACUACAAAUAGGCUUGCUUGUUUGAGCAUCUCGAAGACUAAAUUCAAUGUAGAAUCAGUGUAACAGGUGACAAACGGUGGGGAGAAUUAUAUUGUCCCAGUCAGGAGUCCAGGCUUUUGCCAUAUAUGGUAGAGUUCUAGUCUCUGUACCACACAAGCACUUGUCUCUCUCUCUCUACAUCGGUCAGCUACAUUGGUGACCAGGGUGGGAUCCUUUCGAUACGCCUAUGGGGCCUGGGCACACAAAAUGCUCCUAGAGAGAAGUGGGAAUACUGAAGCAUGUGUUGAUGACAAUUCUACAGUCUCAUCAGAGGCCCAGGCUUUUGGCAUAGAUGGUAAAGCUCUCAUUUCUGGGCUGCAACGUUAUAAGAUUGUGCCUUCCGCGGCACUUGAUAUACAUUGAUUGGUAGGUUACACUAUAUUUAGAUACUUCAAAUACUGCCUAAGACACCUUUGCUAUUUGUCUAACGUACUCAAUAAAUGGUGAAACAAUAUUUGUGAUGGUGUUCUUUGUUCUAAUGUACAGUUGAAGUCAGAAGUUUACAUACACUAAGUUGACUGUGCCUUUAAACAGCUUGGAAAAUUCCAGAAUAUGAUGUCAUGGCUUUAGAAGCUUCUGAUAGGCUAAUUGACAUAAUUUGAGUCAAUUGGAGGUGUACCUGUGGAUGUAUUUCAAGGCCUACCUUCAAACUCAGUGCCUCUUUGCUUGACAUCAUGAGGAAAUCAAAAGAAAUCAGCCAAGACCUCAGAAAAACAAUUGUAGACCUCCACAAGUCCGGUUCAUCCUUGGGAGCAAUUUCCAAACGCCUGAAGGUACCACGUUAAUCUGUACAAACAAUAGUACGCAAGUAUAAACACCAUGGGACCACGCAGCUGUCAUACCGCUCAGGAAGGAGACGAGUUCUGUCUCCUAGAGAUGAACGUACUUUGGUGCGAAAAGUGCAAAUCAAUCCCAGAACAACAGUAAAGGUGAAGAUGCUGGAGGAAACAGGUACAAAAGUAUCUAUAUCCACAGUAAAACGAGUCCUAUAUCGACAUAACCUGAAAGGCCGCUCAGCAAGGAAGAAGCCACUGCUCCAAAACCGCCAUAAAAAAGCCAGACUACGGUUUGCAACUGCACAUGGGGACAAAGAUCAUACUUUUUUGGAGAAAUAUCCUCUGGUCUGAUGAAACAAAAAUAGAACUGUUUGGCCAUAAUGACCAUCGAUAUGUUUGGAGGAAAAAGGGGAAGGCUUGCAAGCCGAAGAACACCAUCCCAACCGUGAAGCACGGGGGUGGCAGCAUCAUGCUGUGGGGGUGCUUUGCUGCAGGAGGGACUGGUGCACUUCACAAAAUAGAUGGCAUCAUGAGGAAGAACAAUUAUGUGGAUAUAUUGAAUCAACAUCUCAAGACAUCAGUCAGGAAGUUAAAGAUUGGUUGCAAAUGGGUCUUCCAAAUGGACAAUGACCCCAAGCAUACUUCCAAAGUUGUGCCAAAAUGGCUUAAGGACAACAAAGUCAAGGUAUUGGAGUGGCCGUCACAAAGCCCUGACCUCAAUCCUAUAGAACAUUUGUGGGCAGAACUGAAAAAGCAUGUGCGAGGAAGGAGGCCUACAAACCUGACUCAGUUACACCAGCUCUGUCAGGAGGAAUGGGCCAAAAUUCACCCAACUUAUUGUGGGAAGCUUGUGGAAGGCUACCCGAAACAUUUGACCCAAGUUAAACAAUUUAAAGGCAAUGCUACCAAAUACUAAUUGAGUGUAUGUAAACUUCUGACCCACUGGGAAAGUGAUGAAAGAAAUAAAAGCUGAAAGAAAUCAUUCUCUCUACUUUUUUUCUGACAUUUCACAUUCUUAAAAUAAAGUGGUGAUCCUAGGGAAUUUUUAUUAGGAUUAAAUGUCAGGAAUUGUGAAAAACUGAGUUUAAAUGAAUUUGGCUAAGGUGUAUGUGAACUUCCGACUUUAUAAAUGAAACAUACAUUAUGGAAAACAUGUCCCACACUCAGUCAAAGUUAGUAGAAUAAUGAAUGGAUUGGCAAGAUUUUGGCACCGUCAACUUUUAGAAGGUUAGUAGGAAAGUUAAUCAUUUAAACAACCUAAAUAUACUCAAAUUCACUUAACAUUUGAUAUUUGAAACUCCAACAUUAAUUUCCUAACUGCUUUCUCUAUAAUCCUACAGGCUCUUUAUCGUUCUGCAUUCCUUAUAUUCCAAUGCAUCCAACAUUAUACAUGCCCAACAUGGUAUUGGGCAGCUGUUUUUUGAGGAACUCUAUUCCUCUUGUUCCAGUCAUGGGCUUCAUCCGUUCCUUUUGUUGCAGACAUGGGCUUCAUCCGUUCCUCUUGUUCCAGUCAUGGGCUUCAUCCAUUCCUCUUGUUGCAGUCAUGGGCUUCAUCCGUUCCUCUUGUUCCAGUCAUGGGCUUCAUCCGUUCCUCUUGUUCCAGACAUGGGCUUCAUCUGUUCCUCUUGUUCCAGUCAUGGGCUUCAUCUGUUCCUCUUGUUCCAGUCAUGGGCUUCAUCCGUUUCUCUUGUUCCAGACAUGGGCUUACCAGCAUCCUUUCAAGUAAAUCAAACAGAAAAUAUUCAUUUACAUAAACAAAGUAUACAAAAAUCAUCAGAACACAGCGUCUGUGAUUGUUAGCUCGUAAUUCUCGCAUAUCAGAGAAUAUACAGGAUUUACAAGUAUGCCUUUGUCAUAUUUUGUCAAAGUUUUCCGUCCCUGGUGCUAUUCUGUGUUUUCUCCCUCAUUGAACAGAGUAAAUAAUAGAUUGUCUGUGAUGUUUACCAAUAUGGAUGUGUAGCGGAGCAUCCGAUGCAGUGGGAUAACGAAGUGCUUGGCGUAGACCCCCUUGGAGAGCUUGGCUGUCUUAGCCUCCCCUGUAAGCCCAGCAACCAUGGCACUCAGGUGCUCUUUGUGUUUGACACAUAGCUAAGUCAUCUUUCUGCAAGGGGAAAGAAUAUAAGUUAAAGAUUGUAGCUAAAAGAAACACUAGGACAUUAUUUUCUAAAACUUGAUACAUCUUCCUUUUUGUAAUGUGCUGUUUGUUUUUCAAAAUAGUAUAAACUAACCUCGGAGAGCUUUCAUAUCCUUUCAAAUGUCUUCAUUUGCCUAUGUUGUUACAAUAUACACUGAGUAGACCAAACAUUAGGAACAUGGACUCUACAAGCUGUCGAAAACGUUCCACAGGGAUGCCGGCCCAUGUUGACUCCAACGCUUCCCACAGUUGUGUCAAGUUGGCUGGGGGUCCUUUGGGUGGUGGACCGUUCUUGAUACACACAGGAAACUGUUGAGUGUAAAAAAAAACAGCAGCGUUGCAGUUCUUGACACAAACCGGUGCACCUGGCACCUACUACCAUACCCUGUUCAACAAAGUCACUUAAAUAUUUUGUCUUGCCCAUUCACCCUCUGAAUGGCACACAUACACAAUCCGUCUCAGUUAUCUCAAGUAUUGAAAAUCCUUCUUUAACCUGUCUCCUCCCCUUCAUCUACACUGUUUGAAGUUGAUUUAACAAGUGACAUCAAUAAGGGAUCAUAGCUUUCACCUGGAUUCACCUGGUCAGUCUGUCAUAGAAAGAGCAGGUGUUCUUAAUGUUUUGUACACUCAGUGUAUAGUCUAAUCAUUUUGUUAUCUUGAAUUCUGAUAUACUGAGCAUUUUAGCAGUAGCAGCAUAGCAUACAGCAGGGGCGUGAAUCGGUGUACCCAGGGGCUUGUGUGUGUUCAGCUGAUGUGCGUGACAUUAGGAAGAUUAUCAGGGAGGUAUUUACAUGUACUUGAUCAAUGUUAGACCACCAAUUUAUGUUGAUUUCCUGGCAUUCAUGCCUUCAAUAAGGAUGUUUCACAUUGGGGUGUGUGUGUUCAGCUGACGUGCGUGACAUUAGGGACCUCAUCCUGAGAGAAGAAGAGUAAAGAGUCCUAAUGAGCAGGGAGGGAGGCCGUUGGUUCAGGAGUGGAUACAGGAAUAGAAAUAAUGAAGUCACUGUGGGGUUAGGAGCUGUUUAUGUGGACAGUGACUAUACAUAAACUCUGUGGUCCAAUGGGAGGUAUUCUGCCCUCCUCAGAGUUCCAGACAAAUACUCUGGUUCACAUCUGCACAGUAAUUGGAUGGAUGCGUUGUCGCCAUUUUUUCCGAUCUGGAAUAACAAGGGCUGUUCUGGGACGGGUUUUGGCUUCCAUUGUGUUUUAAAAUAGAUCACUCAUACGGGAGAACAAUGUUCCUUACAUGAUGCAAGAUCACUGCUGGGGCUUUUGAAAAGCAAGCUGAAAAGCUUGAGGUCACUGUCCCUGCUGAAUCACUUCUUAUACAGUGAUGAAAAAAAGUAUUUGAUCCCCUGCUGAUUUUGUACGUUUGCCCACUGACAAAGACAUGAUCAGUCUAUAAUUUUAAUGGUAGGUUUAUUUGAACAGUGAGAGACAGAAUAACAACAAAAAAAUCCAGAAAAACACAUGUCAAAAAUGUUAUAAAUUGAUUUGCAUUUUAAUGAGGGAAAUAAGUAUUUGACCCCUCUGCAAAACAUUACUUAGUACUUGGUGGCAAAACCCUUGUUGGCAAUCACAGAGGUCAGACGUUUCUUGUAGUUGGCCACCAGGUUUGCACACAUCUCAGGAGGGAUUUUGUCCCACUCCUCUUUGCAGAUCUUCUCCAAGUCAUUAAGGUUUCGAGGCUGACGUUUGGCAACUCGAACCUUCAGCUCCCUCCACAGAUUUUCUAUGGGAUUAAGGUCUGGAGACUGGCUAGGCCACUCCAGGACCUUAAUGUGCUUCUUUUUGAGCCACUCCUUUGUUGCCUUGGCCGUGUGUUUUGGGUCAUUGUCAUGCUGGAAUACCCAUCCACGACCCAUGUUCAAUGCCCUGGCUGAGGGAAGGAGGUUCUCACCCAAGAUUUGAUGGUACAUGGCCCCGUCCAUCGUCCCUUUGAUGCGGUGAAGUUGUCCUGUCCCCUUAGCAGAAAAACACCCCCAAAACAUAAUGUUUCCACCUCCAUGUUUGACAGUGGGGAUGGUGUUCUUGGGGUCAUAGGAAGCAUUCCUCCUCCUCCAAACACGGCGAGUUGAGUUGAUGCCAAAGAGCUCGAUUUUGGUCUCAUCUGACCACAACACUUUAACCCAGUUCUCCUAUGAAUCAUUCAGAUGUUCAUUGGCAAACUUCAGACGAGCCUGUAUAUGUGCUUUCUUGAGCAGAGGGACCUUGCGGGCACCGCAGGAUUUCAGUGUUUCACGGCGUAGUGUGUUACCAAUUGUUUUCUUGGUGACUAUGGUCCCAGCUGCCUUGAGAUCAUUGACAAGAUCCUCCCGUGUAGUUCUGGGCUGAUUCCUCACCGUUCUCAUGAUCAUUGAAACUCCACGAGGUGAGAUCUUGCAUGGAGCCCCAGGCCAAGGGAGAUUGCAGUUAUUUUGUGUUUCUUCCAUUUGCGAAUAAUCACACCAACUGUUGUCACCUUCUCACCAAGCUGCUUGGCGAUGGUCUUGUAGCCCAUUCCAGCCUUAUGUAGGUCUACAAUCUUGUCCCUGACAUCCUUGGAGAGCUCUUUGGUCUUGGCCAUGGUGGAGAGUUUGGAAUCUGAUUGAUUGAUUGCUUCAGUGGACAGGUGUCUUUUAUACAGGUAACAAACUGAGAUUAGGAGCACACCCUUUAAGAGUGUGCUCCUAAUCUCAGCUCAUUACCUGUAUAAAAGACACCUGGGAGCCAGAAAUCUUUCUGAUUGAGAGGGGGUUAAAUACUUAUUUCCCUCAUUAAAAUGCAAAUCAAUUUAUAACAUUUUUGACAUGCGUUUUUCUGGAUUUUGUUGUUGUUAUUCUGUCUCUCACUGUUCAAAUAAACUUACCAUUAAAAUUAUAGAAUGAUCAUUUCUUUGUCAGUGGGCAAACGUACAAAAUCAGCAGGGGAUCAAAUACUUUUUUCCCUCUCUGUACAUGUGUUUCCAAGGUACAAACACCAAACACACACAAAAUUGGUCUUAGGUGUGCUGAGAAAGUGAUGUAAUUUAUCAUGGCAAUUUGUAUGACCUCCAAAAGUCUUGAUGUGUUCAAACUGUUAGUAUAUUGUGCCAGUAUGUUAUAUAGAAGAAAAUACAAUCAUUCUUCCAUUACUACUCACUUUCUCUAACUGAAUAGAGUUGAACCAUGAUUCUUGUAGUCUUCAGAUGCUGCCUCUAGGUCUUACCCAGUUCAACACGUACAUUUUGGGUUUGACAGUUCGGUUGAAUCAAUGUAAAUCAUUUUGAAAAGAGAGAGAAAUGUUAGAGAGAGAAAAUAACUGAUCAGUAUGGCACACCCAUCCUAUUGAUGUAAGAAUUUAAUGACAACUGCAGAUAACACUGAUAAAUCCAUUCCAUUUGAUUAGUACCUGCAUUUUCAAUAAUCUACUUUCUAGUAAGGCAUUAGUGUAUAUACUGUUGAUGAGAAGAAAAUGAAAAGCUAUUGGCCAUUUUAAUAUCAAUAAAUUAGAUGGCAAUAAAAUGACUGUUUUGCAGUUUUAUAUUAGUCAGGGAAAAAUGCCUUGAAAAAGAUGCAUCAAUAAAUAAACCCUGCUCUAUAAAUCCUAAUGAAAGGGGGAAGAAAAUCCAAUACUAUGAAAGCUGACACCUGCUGCGGAAAACAGCAAAAGGGAAAACGAUGCUUAAAUUGCACCUUGCAGGGUACAGUAUAUGUUUCCAGGGUAUUCUAAUUCAAACAAGAAUACUAAUGACUUCAUGAAAAUGGGAAAAUGGAAAUAGCUAAUAGGCCUUGUUAUUCAUAUUGUGGCGUCAAAGUGUUUUAAUUAAGUAAUCAACAGUGUACAACAGAAGCCGCAGUACGACAUCACAACGUGCAGGACAGAAUCUGCAUGAUUAUCAAUUCACUGUAGGGCUGCGAAUUGCCAGGGACCUCACCAUACGAUAUUAUCAUCAUACUUAGGUGCCGAUACGAUAUGUAUUGCGAUUCGUUACUGUGAUUGUAUUGUGAUUUGACGUUACAAACAUAUUGCUCUCUAUGUGUCUUCUGCAGAGAGACAAGAGAGCGUGUGAGAAAAUGAGUUUUGGUCAAUCAAGGGAAUAAAUGUGCUGAAAAUAUGUUGGCUCACUAUUUAAAGGAAAAUUCCACCUCAAAACAACAACACCAUGAAAUAAAGCUGACGCAAAGUAUGAUGCAAAACGCAGCAUCUCUAUGACGCAAAACGCAGCAUCAUAUGAUGCAAAAUGCAUCAUACUGGCCUUAUUUCUGUAUUUUAAAAGUUAUAUAUCUUGAAAACUUGAUAGCUGACAUGCAAAACAUUUUGGGACUAUAUCAACAAGGGACCAAUUAAACACAUUUCAAAAGAUAGUUUUUGGGUGGAGGUUAAAACAAGUUUUGGCGCAGGUACAGCUGACUAGCGCUAACCAACACUACCUACAGUAGGAAAAUAAAGUAUAAUACUUGGAGUCAAAUAUCGAUAUAAUGUCAUCAAACAAUAUAUCGCGUUAUGUAACAGUAUUGAUUUUUUUCCCACAUCACUAGUGUCCUUAGUCUCUAUGGAGUGACCAUGUAACAAAACAACUGUUGUAUAGUUGAGAACUACCAUCUGUGGAAUGAAUAACGAUGAAUGACCUUUCUAAAUCGUUUUUUAUUACUUUUGACCGUUUGUGUUGCUUUCCAAUGUUUGCUUUGUGAAUUCAUGAAUGUACAGUUAGGGCACACACAGUAGAGUCGAUGAUGUUAUUAACAUGAUGAAAUUGAUUAGCAUUAUAAUUAAACUUGCAUUUGCACUUUACAUUACUACCUCUAAAGGUGCACUUAAUGUACACUUUAACUAAUAUAUUUAAAUUAUACGGUAAUUUGGGGUAUUAUCAACAGUAAAAUACUCUGACACUUUUUACUGCAGCGUACUGCAAAUUAAUAUUAACUAUAUAUGAGUCAAUAUUGUGUACGGAUCAUUAUGGUGCAUUGGUGCAUUUACAUUUACAUUUGAGUCAUUUAGCAGACGCUCUUAUGCAAUAGUGGUACUGUAAUUCCACCCCAUAGAAUACUUUAGAGUGCCAAAAACCUUUUGACCACUAUUGAGUGAUUGGUAUUGUUUCUGGCUCAUUAACAUAUUUGGAGGCGUGCCUUGUAAGUGGCUAUAUUUGUUGCACCCCGUGAGAGAGAACGCUGUACCAAUUUAACUCCUAUGUGGUUAUAGUGCCCCAUCACUGUCAAAUGUAUAGGGGACAGAUUGGAGUGGCAGCAAGUCUUAAACCUUAAAAUGGUUGAGCUGUUUUGCUCUGUUGUCGCUGCCAGUUUGGAAGCCUUUGUUAAGGCCUCUAGAAGUGCAAGUGAUAUAAAACACCAAAUAUUCAUUAAUGUGUAACACUUUACCUAACAGCUAAUCUGCUUGUACCAAUCCCUUGUAAUUACAGUAAAAUAAUGUGAAAUACAACCCCCUCCCCUCAAUGCAUUUAAUUCAUCCAUUCAUUCAUUCAUUGCGAUUAAGGUAGCAUUUUUUUUUUUUUUUUACAGCAUAAUACAGCCAAUUUUACGGUAUUGUACUGUGUUAUUACACAGUACUUGCUUUGAUACCGUAUUGAUAUUACAGUAGGUAUACUGUAAUUUUGACUUUUACAGUGUAACUGUAGUGACGCUGCAUGAAUGAUGAGAAACGUACAUAUUAUUUAACCCUGCCUGUUCUCUCCCUCCUCUCUUCCUCCUCUCUCUUUCCUCUCUCCCUCCUCUCUCCUCUUCAUCCUCUCUCCUUCCUCUCUCCCUCCUCUCUCCCUCCUCUCUUCCUCAUCUCUCCUUCCUCUCUGCCUCCUCUCUCCUUCCUCUCUCCCUCCUCUCUCCUUCCUCUCUCUCCCUCCUCUCUUCCUCUCUCCCUCGUCUCUUCCUCGUCUCUCCUUCCUCUCUUCCUCCUCUCUCCUCCUCUCUCUGUUUGUCUGCAGAGGUUUGUGGGGAACGUGAACGCUGACGGUGUCGUCCACCACAAGUUGUCCCACUCUAUCAGAAGCCGCUUCCUGCGCUUCGUCCCCCUGGACUGGAACCCCAGUGGCUGGGUGGGUCUCAGAGUGGAGGUCUACGGCUGUGCCUACAGUGAGUGAUCAGACCACCAGUACUUACAUACAGACCAUAUAGGCUGUGCCUACAUUAAAAUGACCACCAGCCCUUACAGAACACAAACACAUUCAGCUAAUAUCAUAAUAUUCUGCUAUCUGUGAUUCCAACCCAUGUGGUAUUCUUGGGGACUCCUGGACUGCAUAGAAAAUUGUUCUAACAAGAGUUUGGUCAGACCUGUGUCUGACAUCUAUUACGGAUGAAAUUGAGGCUUGUUUAAGCAUGUCAUCUAUCAUGGGGCUGAUUGUAUCCCCAUUUUGACUGUGGUUUCCAUGAGAAAAUAGCAUUAUGUCAUUGUAACCAUCCUGUAACCAUCGUGUAACCACUGUGUAGCCAUCAUGUAACCAUCCUGAAACCAUUGUGUAACCAUCCUGUAACCACAGUGUAACCAUCAUGUAACCACCCUGUAACCAUUGUGUAACCAUCAUGUAACCAUCUUGUAACCAUCCUAUUUCGCACACUAUUUAAGGACUGUAUAGAGUAUCUGCAAACUAAAGAGACAUUUUUCCUUCAAACAAGAUCAAAGCAAAUGCUGACCGAACAUAAUCCUACCAGCUAAUAGAGGUAGACAGUGACAGCCAGGCAGGCGUGCCAGUUAAGAGCUGGUCUCUGCCUGGGUAAUGCUAAACAAAUAAAAGGGAGUCACUGGGACGCCUUGCACACACAUGAACUGGAUCAGCCAGUGAAAUACUGCACUGUGACGGUUAGAAUUAUCCCCGAGUGAGCACUUUCAUAAUGCCGAAUGGUUCCACAGCGUGAUCCCUGUAUUAAUGCUGGACGAAUGUGUGAUCUGCUAGUACAUGCUUCAUCACCAGCACCUCAUUUCAACUAACUGUAAAAAUUAAACGACAGGUUGCUCUCGCAACAAGCAAGUAAAGAGGCGUGCAUUACCGUUUAACAUGUCAUAGAUGACAGACUUGCACUUAUGGGCCUUUCCACCAAUUAGGUUCCUUUUGAGUAGUGUAACUUGGUAAAACAAAUAUAUUUAUAUAUAUAUAUAUAUAUAUAUAUAUAUAUAUAUAUAUAUAUAUAUAUAUAUAUAUAUAUAUAUAUAUAUAUAUAUAUAUAUAUAUAUAUAAUUCACCUAAUUCUAACAUGCUGUCAUAAAGAGCACAUGUUCAACUUAAUAAAAAACAUGUUUUCCCAUCUCGAAAAAACUAUAGUAAGUUCUUAUUAAGUUCCAAAUAAAGUAACAGGGUUUACUUGUGACAGGGGGAAUGGAAGCUUGCUGUGUGCAACAGGGAAGGGCAAUUGAAUGCAAGCUUCACAAAACAAUUGAAAUUGUUAACACAUUUCUAGCCAGUCUAUCUAUGGGUAACAGGGUUGACGUGUUACGCUCAACCCGCUCAGUGUUCCGCCACAAAACACCAGAAAAUGUCCAAAAUGAGUAACACUAGCUCACCUUCUUUAAACUAUGAUUUGUCUAUUAGUUGUUCAACAUAUUUACCAUAUUACAACUACAGUUCAGUUCACGUAACAGGGUUGACCUUAAAAUUAAUCGCUUAUCACAUUAAAUGAAUAAUAAUCUUCAGCAAUGACUUUGUGAAAGCAACAAAGUAACUAAGGGCUUUACAAUGACGGUGAAACUGUUGCUAAAUGUUGGGAUUGAGUGGUUAAACAUCUUCUUAGAAGUCACAGAGGAUGCACAGAUGGACAUGUAAAAAUGCUGAGUUUUGAUACAAGUCUUUAUUCAUAUAAAACAUCUGGAGAAAAGCUAUUCUGUAGACUCACGUCCAUGUCGACCCCAUGUUUAUCUCAUUUUGGUUUUCAGUCACACUUCAGAUCUAUAAAGGGUCCAAACAUCUGAGUUAUUUUCACUAAUAAUCACUUGAACUGUUCUUGCUUUUGUUCUGUUCUUGCUACCAGCUGUAGCUCAGCUGGUAGAGCACGGCGCUUGUAACGCCAAGGUAGUGGGUUCGAUCCCCGGGACCACCCAUACACAAAAAUGUAUGCAUGCAUGACUGUAAGUCGCUUUGGAUAAAAGCGUCUGCUAAAUGGCAUAUUAUUAUUAUUAUUAUUAUUAUUCUGAGCAUUCCCCAGCAUUGCCAUGGUGCCCUGUUGUAAUUGAUAGCAUGGUUAUGUAUAUCCAUCUCAUACCAGCUAUGUUACUAGCGUUUAUAUUUGGGUAUAUCCAUAUGGGUAAAAACCUUGGAGUUUAAAUUAAUCCUGGCCUUUUAUGUCUCACAGUGACUUCCACUGUAAAACAAUACCUUCUCAUUAGAUUGAGUAAAAGGUAGGGGAAUUCUAGCAUGGUGUUUGUGUGUUUAUGAAUGUGUUAGACAUUCUUUAAAUAAGUGAUAGUUCAAAAAACUAUUUGCAUUGUCAUGUAUAUGUAAACGCUAUUUGAACAGCUUGCCCAAUCAUGUCUUCUAUUCAUAGCUUCCCUUGUUUCUCUAGGCACUUCACACUUCUUCUGUCCUGCAUUGGAAUAGCAGGUGCAUGUUAGAGAUUGCAAUAUUUAUUCAGACAGCUUUACUUACACGAACUGAAUCCCAUCAGAAAAUAUAAUGUAUUCAGGCUUUAAAAAAACAGGAAAUCAACAUUUCCCCUGCUGCUGUAUCUUACUAAAGCAUGUCUUCAGUUCAGGCCCAUCCACAUGAACUGAGCACUGAGCAGAGGCACAGUGUCAGAGAAUGUAUUAGACAGAGCCAGAGAGUUGUGUUAAAAAAUAGCAAGUUCGACGUAUACUUCCAAUCAAAAGUUGUGGUGAAAAUACAAUACUGUUGAAAGAAAUGGGACUUGCCACUUGAAUUCCCCUCAAAAGUAGUGGCAACAGAACACUCACAGCUCAGACGUGACAGAGAGAGCUAUCGUUGGGGAAAUUUUCGAAAAACACAAUGAUUCUUUGAUCUUCUCUCAAUCCCCGUCUAGAAUCGUAUGUGGCAGACUUUGAUGGCAGAAGCUCCCUGCUCUACCGGUUUAAUCAGAAGUCCAUGAGCACGGUGAAGGAUGUGAUCUCGCUACACUUCAAGAGCCACCAGGCUGAGGGGGUGCUGCUCCAUGGAGAGGGUCAGAGGGGCGACUACAUCACUCUGGAGCUGCACCGGGGCAGGUUGGCCCUCUACCUCAACCUGGGUGAGUUAGUCACAUUGGGGCAGGCUGGCCCUCUACAUAAACCUGGGUGAGUUAGUCACACCGGGGCAGGUUAGCCCUCUACCUCAACCUGGAUGAGUUAGUCACACAGGGGCAGGUUGGCUCUCUACCUCAUCCUGGGUGAGUUAGUCACACCGGGGCAGGCUGGCCCUCUACAUCAACCUGGGUGAGUUAGUCACACAGGGGCAGGUUGGCUCUCUACCUCAUCCUGGGUGAGUUAGUCACACCGGGGCAGGCUGACCCUCUACAUCAACCUGGGUGGGUCGCUGGCCCUGAACCUCAACUUGGGUGAGUCGCUGGCCCUGUACCUCAACAAGGGUGAGUCGCUUGCCAUCUACCUCAACCUUGGUGAGUCGCUGGCCCUAUACCUCAACUUGGCUCAAAUAGGUCAGGGGUUAGAGGUUAGAGGUCAUGGGUAACAGGACACAAGGGGCUCGGGCUAUAGAUAGAAGAGUCUUUUGAACCAUUUAAAAGCAGACUGGGGAGCAGUCUGGGAGGGUAACUGGAUGUUUGUGUUCUGAUACUCUUCAGAUGAUACCAGGCUGCGGUUCAGCAGUGGUCGUGUUGCGGUCACUCUCAGCAGUCUUCUGGACGAUCAGCACUGGCACUCUGUCCUCAUCGAGCGCUUCAACAAGCAGGUCAACCUCACCGUGGACACCCACACACAGCACUUCAGGACCAAGGGGGAAGGAGACUCUCUGGAGGUGGACUAUGAGGUGUGUCUAUCCAAACAUCCAGAAUAUUCCUUUACAGUAGGUCUGAAUAGAUUACACCACCAGCACUCAGUCAGAAAAAGAACGUAUGGCAUGGUGAGAGUUAAGAAUAAUACUUGGGGUCCUAUUUUAACAAACCUAACGCGAUGGUAAAUCUUAAGUGAUUGGCGGUAGCGCUAUAGGUUCACUAUCACAAUUAUCGGCGCACUCGCUGGUGUUGGUACGAAAGGGCCGGGUUAUGAUGAAUAAACAAGUUGUGGGUGUGUCGAGACUUGGCCCCUGACUGGCCAAUCAGAACAUGCUCCAUGGCGAAAUAUGUGGUUGCUUCAGGUUAUCUAUUCACGGUCUUAUAUGUAUUGCCUUGGGAAUCAACUCCAAUUCCAAUGUUAGUCUGUUAUAGUUUGUUAAAUGGCUUACAUAAACUAAUUAACACAAUGUACACCUAUCCCAUCUUUGCUAAAUAGGUUAACUUGAACCCAUUUGUAGUCCACAUUGAUACAGGGCCUACUGUAAAUUGCAUUAUGGUUGAGCAUGGACAUGCCAAACAUUGUCAAUAAGCAAGAUUCAAUUCAUUAUUGACAAGGUCAAAAAGAGAACUAAUAAUUCGAAUCAAAUUCUAAAUUCUAAAUCAACUUGUUUCAAAUAGGCUAUGACACACUUACAGGAACCAUCAUUUCUCCCCGUGGGCAUAUAAUAUUAAAACAAUGCAGACUAUGGAGGGUUUUACGCACAUCCAAAAGAAGUACCUGCAUGGCUAAAAUAAUGUGGGCCUGCCUACAAUGCAUAGAUAAAAAGGGAAUGUCAAUGCACUGUCUCAAACUUUAUAUUUUAAUAAAGCUUUGGUGAUUAAGAUUUAUUUCCAAGCGGUCUCAGGAGCCAAACCCUUUAUCGACAGUCUUGACUACUUCGCGGUUGCAUUGGUCAGACAAAAAAAAAGCCUUCAUUGAGAGGAGGGAAGGCUAUGCUUGGUUAGUCAUAAAAUAAAACGAAAUUGGAAAAACAGUCUCUUUUUUUAAUGUUUCUAAAUACGAAGUAUACAGGCACCAAAAGCAGAUUAUGCUACUCUUGUUCCAUGUGCAUAUGGGCAGUGGGCAUCAUGGCUGGAUAGGCUGCAUUUCCGCAGUCAAAAUUCAUGCCAUAACCAACUGCGUUAAUGCUAACACCAGCUUUUGGUUGCUCUUAAAUAUCCCUGUCAGCGCUGCCUGAAAUUAGCACUUGGAUCAUGUUUUUAAGGACACACCUCAAAUAUUUCCACCCACCCAUCUGAGCGCAAGGAGCUGAUAUAAGACAGGUAAAUUGCCGAACCUGGCGUUAAGGCUGAAAAAUGCCAGUGCGCCAGUUUUUACAUGACGAAAUUGCAAACUAGCGAGCGUUUGACACUGCCGUCGCUUUAACGCCAGCCGACAAUAGAGCCCUUGGUCUAUCUCUUUAGAAUCUCUUUUCAACGUGACACCUGACACUGUACAUUCAUAGGACUUUUCUUCUAUUUCGUUCUAACAUGUCUAUAUUUCACUCUCUUUCCUCAUCAUAGCUCAGUUUCGGGGGCAUCCCACUGCCAGGUAAGCCUGGUACCUUCCUGAGGAAGAACUUCCAUGGCUGCAUCGAGAACCUCUACUACAAUGGGAUCAACAUCAUCGACCUAGCCAAGCGACGCAAGCCUCAGAUCUACAGCGUGGUAAGAGCUUUUCAACUAUUCAUUUUUAAUGUAUAGGCCAAGGCCCAGGUUUAUUUUGCACUGCGUUACCAAGAUAUUCACUUAUGUAAGUGAUAAUGCUCCAUUGUGUUAGAAGUGGAGGUUAACAACACCUAACCUUAGAGAGCCAGAGGACCAGAACAGUUGUUGCUUAAUAAACCGUCAGACUGCAGAUAGGGAAACAGGGGAUACAGAGUGCAUGGUGAGAACCACUCUGAGCUCAGAAAACAGUGUUCUAUGUUCUUCUCUUGUUCUUAUUUUGGAAAAGAGAUCCGGGCUCAGUGAUGAGGUGGAGCAGGAGCUGUAUCCAGUGAUCCAUUCAGUAUAGAGGUAUUAGUAGUAGGAUAGAGGCAGAUUGCAUUAUUUAAGGUAGAUGUCAGGGUCUUGUGCAGACCCUAAAUGACACAUCUUAAUGGAUAUUAACCUUAAGUAACCUUCUGGCUCAGCCCCAAACACAAGGGGUGUGACGCGCAGCGGGUAUCACCUUACCUCUAAAAACGAAUCCGCUAACACUGAAAUAGAGCUAACAUAAGUUAUCAAUGAUUUCUGAACACAAUAAGCCUGUGUGAGUCAGUGUCAGCCUAUUGAAACAGAAUCACUCUGAAAUCAAGUUUGGUUGAGUUGAUGGAAGAGUCCCUUUGAAAGGGUUAGUUGCUGCCACUCCAUGUCACCGCGAUCAAUGAUAUGUUCAUCCCCACACUGCUCUGACCUUUUCCUGUGUACAGGAACUCAUGUCCUCUGUACUGGCUCUUCCUGUCCUUAGGAGUCACAGUGGGGUUGGCAGUGACAUUUAACCCAGCUCCCUGUAGACUUCAUUUAGUCUCUCUCAUUCCCUCGUUCUCUCUCUCUCUCUCUCUCUCUCUCUCUCUCUCUCUCUCUCUCUCUCUCUCUCUCUCUCUCUCUCUCUCUCUCUCUCUCUCUCUCAUUCUCGCUCUCUUACUCUCUCUUUUCCCCCUCAUACUAUGUCUCUCCAUCUCUUUCUCUCUAUCGAUACUGCACCUGUUUUUCUCUCUUUCUCCAUCUCUUUCUCUCUUUCUCCAUCUCUCUCUCUCUCUUUCUCCAUCUCUCUCUCUCUUUCUCCAUCUCUCUCUCUCUUUUUCCAUCUCUCUCUCUCUUUCUCCAUGUAGUCCCGUGUAGCUCAGUUGGUAGAGCAUGGCGUUUGCAACGCCAGGGUUGUGGGUUCGAUUCCCACAGGGGACCAGUAUGCACUCACUAUCUGUAAGUCGCUCCUGAUAAGAGCGUCUGCUAAAUGACUAAAAUAGUUUUUCUUUUUAAAAUAUCUCUCUCUCUCUUUCUCCAUCUCUUUCUCUAUUUCUCUCCUUUCUAGAAAGGGGGCCAGUAGGGAGUGUUUGUAGUAAUUAAUAGCAGCACUACACUUGCAGAGUUGACAUCAUUUUUUAAUUAACCCUGAAAUGUUGAGAGUUAAUGUGGAUCAGGGCAAGGUGACUGUAAGAUUGUGUGUUCCGUGUGUCUCCAGGGCAACGUGACCUUUUCGUGCUCUGAGCCCCAGCUGGUGUCCACUACCUUCCUGAGCUCCAGCAGCAGCUUCCUGUCGCUCCCGGCCACGCCGUCUGCUUCGGGGGGCUUCACGGUGCGUUUCCAGUUCAGAACGUGGAACCCAGACGGGCUACUGCUCUCCACCCGGCUGGCCCUGGAGCCCCAGAGACUGGAGCUGCACAUCAGCAACAGUCGGCUGCGCCUGACCCACCACAUGUCAGCCCAGCAGAAAGAAGAGGUCUCCACCGGUGAGGGCCAGGCCAACAGCCUCUAGUCUAGCUGACCCAGACCAAUACUAGGCUGGAAUCAGUGGUUCUGUCUAUGGGGACUCAGAGUAUAAAAGGCUCUUUAUUCCAGUGAAGCAGGCGGACAAUGAGAACCCAUUUUAUUAUUGCAGAGAAUGCAUUUGUGACUCUGAAUGUUUGUGGUUUUCCACACAGAUAGUCUGAUAGUGAUAGGAAAGAUUAUGAGAGAGAAUCCAUUCAGUUGGCUCUGUGCUUCUCCCUUCUGAGUCCACACACAAAGAUAAGCAUUUGAUUUAGUCAAUUUUUCCCACCAUGGGGAGAUUAAAUAUGCUCUGUCUCGCUAAUCCUGUAGAAAUAACUAAAUCCAAAAACACAGAAUCCCUCCACGCAGACAGACAGACAGACAGACAGGCAGGCAGGCAGGCAGACAUGCAGGCAGGCAGGCAGGCAGGCAGACAGACAGACAGACAGACAGACAGACAGACAGACAGACAGACAGACAGACAGACAGACAGACAGACAGACAGACAGACAGACAGACAGACAGACAGACAGACAGACAGACAGACAUGCAUGCAUGCAUGCAUGCAUGCAUGCAUGCAUGCAUGCAUGCAGACAGGCAGGCAGGCAGGCAGGCUGGCAGGCAGGCAGGCAGGCAGACAGACAUAGUUAGGUUUGAACCGUCUGUGUCUGUGUUCUCAUUUUGGACUGAUCUCAAUCACUACAACAGAAUCCAGAUAUGAUCAGAAAAAACAUACAGAGGUCUUCCUCCAUCUGUUGCAUGUCAGAGGUCGUCCUCCAUCUGUUGCAUGUCGGAGGCUUUUCAGAGUCAAUGUUUGCACCAGGUGUGCAUUUUUUGUUUGUUUCAAACUAUUUACUGCCUGAAAUCUAGCGCAUUUAAUCGCAUUCCAUAGUAAUUCUCCUAGCCUGCAACCUCACUCUAACCCUGCAGGCAGAUGGCAAGCACAGAGGGGAUUGUAGACACACAGCUUGGAUGCCCUUCACUGUAAAAGCCUGAGUUUAAUUAAAUAAAAAAGCAAAGAUUAUACCUCUGAGGUUUUUCCAUUGGUUCCUUCUCAAAAUGGAACCACAAACACAACAGACUGCGUGUUGUGGGUGAUCCUUUGUUUAUUUGAUAGUGUGAGGGAAACGAUAUGAAAUGUGUGUGUAGCGUGGAGGGAGAGCCAGAAAGUCAACACCAGCAACAGAGUGAUUGCAGAGCUUUGUUGCAGACAAACAAGAUUAUAAAUCUAAAUAUAAAACUGUACUCUAAAAUUGUUUUCUUAAAAAGCUUUUGUAACAGUGUAGUUACUAUUGUAAAACCGCAGUCAUAUGCAGAGAUUGAUCGGGUCUUGAUAAACUGUUUAACUCAUAACUGACCCCAUGUGUCCACAGGUCACAAAGUGAAUGAUGGACUGUGGCACUCUGCGAGUCUCAGCUCCCGAGGUCUCCAGGUCACCAUGACUCUGGACAACGAGCCGUCCUCAACUAUCGAGCUGGGGGACCACAUGGAGGCAGGAGACAGCCUCUACUUCGGAGGUAAGAGGACAGAUAAUAUGACCAAAAGUUGAUUAGGUUUUAAAAUAUGUUUGGGUAUUUACAGUAGAAACUCAACGACUUGAUAAAACUGGGGACUGUAAUACCUACGAAGCCUCACUCUUUGGCAACGUCACUGCAGUGCCUUAGUGGAGCUUAAUUGACAUUGCCUUGUAGGCAAAGAUGUACUUAAUACAUCCCUGUACAGACUUUAGCUUCCAGAACUUGCCAUGUAAAUCUAAAAUCUUCUGAUAGCUGGCGUUUUAUUAAGCUGCUUUUAAAAGGCUUCAACUUGCAUAGUGGCAUGUCUUGACAGGUUUAACUCUGCUCUCUCUUUUUUUUGGCGACUUCUCUCUCAGCCAUAACAGAGAUUAAAAAACUGUACAUGAUUGUCACACUUAAGAAGAAUAAAACAAUAUUAAUGUACAUGUACUGUUUAGAUCAUUUUCAUUUUCGCAAUUUCUGCUUGCAUGUCUCCAGUCAGUAAACCAGUCAGCACACCACCCUCUUAGCAUCUUAACAUAUUUGUGUAAGCCUCUUUUGUUGCAUUAUUACAGUAGAAGCUGAUUUGGGAUGUGUUUGGUUACAUAAACGUCCCUCUGCUGUGUGUUCCAUUAGGCUGUCCCUCCUCGUCCCCGAGUGACUCAUGCUGUGAGAACUCAACGUUGGCAUUCCAGGGGUGCAUGCGUCUCUUCUCCAUCAACAGCCAGCCCAUGGACCUGAACCUGGUGCACCAAGGACGGCUAGGAGACUACAAGGAGCUGCAGUUUGACACAUGUGGCAUCCAUGACAGGUAUCACAAUUACUGUAUACAGUAUUUGAAUUUUGAAGUGAUGUGCCAAUGUGGCAAUGUUGCACUUAAAGCACAUGCAUGGGACUUUUGUUUUUAGCUUUUGCAACUAACCCCAAAUUUUACAUUUGAUUAUUGUCAGACUUUGUUCCAGCAGCUAUGUUUGGAUUGUGCAAGCACAUAAUUGCUGUCUCCUCAUUUGAUGCUAUGGUGCUGGUACAAACCGUUGUCGUUUAUUUUGGACCUGAAGCUUGUGAAAUCAUUUUCUCACAAGUGUAAGUAAGUGAACAUGAACUAAGGCAGGGGACCUGUGAAGCCAGUCAUAUCUUCAGGGUCUACAGAAAUUCAUGAGAAGGUUGUGUAAUUAUAGAAACCUGCCAGUCAUCUCUUCAUGGUCUACAGUAAUUCAUGAGAAGGUUGUGUAAUUAUAGAAACCUGCCAGUCAUCUCUUCAUGGUCUACAGUAAUUCAUGAGAAGGUUGUGUAAUUAUAGAAACCUGCCAGUCAUCUCUUCAUGGUCUACAGUAAUUCAUGAGAAGGUUGUGUAAUUAUAGAAACCUGCCAGUCAUCUCUUCAUGGUCUACAGUAAUUCAUGAGAAGGUUGUGUAAUUAUAGAAACCUGCCAGUCAUCUCUUCAUGGUCUACAGUAAUUCAUGAGAAGGUUGUGUAAUUAUAGAAACCUGCCAGUCAUAUCUACAGUGUCUACAGUAAUUCAUGAGAAGGUUCUGUAAUUAUAGAAACUUGACAGGUUCCUUUGAUGCCUACAUUAAAAACUGUUGAUUGGUACUCUGCUUUCGACAGUGUCUCUAAUUAACUGUGACUGAUUGCAAGAGUGAAGUUUUACUGUACAAUUUGGGUAACACUUUAUCUGGAUACUCCAUGGUCUACAGACUAUCUACAGAUUGUCAGUAACAUUUCAACUAACUAUCUACAAACCCUAACCCUAGCUCUAACCCUAACCUUAACCCUUAUCCUAACCCUUAUUCUAAACCUAACCGUAACCUUAGCAAGCAGUUGCUUAUCAAGAGAUAGUUUGUUGAUAGCAUGACCAUCUGUAGAUCAAAUAAAAUAAAAUAAAAUUAUAUUUGCCACAUGCGCCGAAUACAACAGGUGUACACCUUACAGUGAAAUGCUUACUUACAAGCCCUUAACCAACAAUGCAGUUUUAUGAAAACUUUAAAAAAUAUAUUAGAUGUAUACUAUACUUUAAAAUGUAUAUCCAUCUGCACAAAAUUGAAAGCUCUCUCUCACAACCCCUGCUCACAGACACAUGUUGGUUCUGGGAUAUGCAACCAUUUCCUUUCUCACUUACUUAACGCCACACUUAUUCAAACACCAAAACGCACACCACGCCUUCCAUCACAAUUCAUCCACACAUAUCCCCACACUGUGCCUUCUGUUUGCUAUGGUUUUAUCUCCACUCUGUUGAUUGAGUACUUGUGUUCUAAUUUAGUUGUAUUUGAAGAUGUAUUAUUUAGCUUGUUAUCUUUUCUUGUAAUACUGUCUUAUCCCUUUAUAAAUUACUAUACCUACUAUAAAUAUGUUUUAUUAUUACAAUCCCUACCAUGACUAGUACAUUUUUACAUUUUAGUCAUUUAGCAGAUGCUCUUAUCCAGAGCAACUUACAGUUAGUGAGUGCAUACAUUUUCAUACUGCCCCCCCCGGGAAUCAAACCCACAACCCUGGCGUUGCAAACGCCAUGCUUUACCAACUGAGCUACAGAGAGCCUAGUAUUGGGUGUUCCAUUAUUCGACUCCUCUAUUAGAACUUUCAGAAUAGCCAUGGAGUAGGGCCAUGCCCUGUUUACUGUUGGUAAACAUAUUUCAUUAUAGUGAUUGUGUUCCCCAAACUCUAAUAUAUGAAUUUUCAUCUGUAGAUGAUCUAAAACUGCAUUUGAUUGUAACUUCCUGUCACGAUCGCCUAAGAAGUAUGACCAAAGCGCAGCGUUGGGAGUGAACAUCUUGACUUUAAUAAUUCAACACGAGAAUACAAAACAAACCACGAUCGUGAAGUCCUCAGUGACAACUACUGAACAAUGAACAAAAACCCACAACCCCAAGGUGAACAAUGACAGUUUAAAUAUGGCUCCCAAUCAGAGAUAACGAGCCGACAGCUGACACUCGUUACCACUGAUUGGGAGUCACUCAACCAAACACAGAAACAACCAAUAACCACCCAACCAACCCAAACACAACAAUACUUAACACACUCUGGCUAAAAUACCAAGUCCCGGAACCAGAGCGUGACAGUACCCCCCCCUAAAGGCGCGGACUGCGACCGCGCCUCAAAAACCCAAAUAGGGGAGGGCUGGGUGGGUGUUGCUCCUCGGAGGCGGCUCCGUCUCCGGGCUUGACCACCACCCUACAUAACUCCCCCCGUAAUGGCCCCGGUCCAAUCCAACCCAGCUGGCUGGAUCCAAACUGAUGACGCGCACCCCUAGCUUGGCGCGUGAGACAGGAACGGACCGGACCUGGCCGACGAUACGCACCCUCGGCUUGGUGCGUGGAGCCGGAACGGACCUCCUCAGGUUGACGACUCGCCUCCCUGGCUUGGUGCGAGUAGCAGGAAUAGGCUGAACCAGGUUGACGACUCGCCCCCUUAGCCUGGUGCGAGUGGCAGGAACAGUCCGGGUUGGGCCGGCGACGCACACCGUAGUCUUGGUGCGUAGAGCAGAGACAGGCCGGGCUGGGCUGGCGACGCACCCCCUAGGCUUGGUGCGUAGAGCAGGGACAGGCCGGGCUGGGCUGGCGAAACGCACCACAGACUUGGUGCGGGGCGCAGGAACAGGCCGGGCUGGGCUGGCGACGCACCCCGUAGGCUUGGUGCGUAGAGCAGGGACAGGCCGGGCUGGGCUGGCGAAACGCACCACAGACUUGGUGCGGGGCGCAGGAACAGGCCGGGCUGGGCUGGCGACGCACCCCGUAGGCUUGGUGCGUUGAGCAGGGACAGGCCGGGCUGGGCUGGCGACGCGCACCGUAGGUUCAAUGCGAGGAACAGGAACAGACAGAACCGCACUGGGGACACACACCCCUGGCCCUACACGGGGAUCAGGAACGGGCCGGACUGGACUGGUAACACACCCCAGUACCUCUCGCCGUGCCUCCACACUUUCCUUCCCCUUCGUAACCAGUGGCCCCCUUAAACUGGCGGCCAUAUCUGCCAACCUCUUGCACUCCUCCGGGCCGUACACCUUCUGCCCCGACGUCGUGAGCCCCCCCCUAAAAAUUUUCUGGGGGUCUCUCCUCCCCGUGGACCAGGCAUCUAUCUUCCUCGCCAGACUCUCCAGACUCUCCAUCCUCUGCUCCCAAGUCCAACCUCUCUCCUCCUCACGCGGCUUGACCCAGUCGAAGUGGAUAUCCGCUAGAGUUGCUUCUGGCGUUGGCUCCUGGACACGCUGCUUGGUCUCGUUGUGGUGGGUUUUUCUGUCACGAUCGCCUAAGAAGUAUGACCAAAGCGCAGCGUUGGGAGUGAACAUCUUGACUUUAAUAAUUCAACACGAGAAUACAAAACAAACCACGAUCGUGAAGUCCUCAGUGACAACUAGAGAUCCUGGUCUCCCGAGUGGCGCAGUGGUCUAAGGCACUGCAUCGCAGUGCUAGCUGUGCCACUAGAGAUCCUGGUUCGAAUCCAGGCUCUGUCGUAGCCGGCCGUGACCGGGAGACCCAUGGGGCGGCGCACAAUUGGCCCAGCGUCGUCUAAGGUAGGGAAGGGAAUGGCCGGCAGGGGAUGGUAGCUCAGUUGGUAGAGCAUGGCGUUUGCAACGCCAGGGUUGUGGGUUCGAUUCCCACGGGGGGGGUAUGAAAAAAAUUAAUAAAUAAAAAUAACAAUAAUGUAUGCACUCACUAACUGUAAGUCGCUCUGGAUAAGAGCGUCUGCUAAAUGACGUAAAUGUAAAUGUAAACUACUGAACAAUGAACAAAAACCCACAACCCCAAGGUGAACAAUGACAGUUUAAAUAUGGCUCCCAAUCAGAGAUAACGAGCCGACAGCUGACACUCGUUACCACUGAUUGGGAGUCACUCAACCAAACACAGAAACAACCAAUAACCACCCAACCAACCCAAACACAACAAUACUUAACACACUCUGGCUAAAAUACCAAGUCCCGGAACCAGAGCGUGACACUUCCAUCAAUGUAAUUGUCUGCAUCACUUCCAAUCCCCCAUGUUUAUAUAUAUAUAUAUAUAUAUAUAUAUAUAUAUAUAUAUAUAUAUAUAUAUAUAUACAGUGGGGAGAACAAGUAUUUGAUACACUGCCGAUUUUGCAGGUUUUCCUACUUACAAAGCAUGUAGAGGUCUGUAAUUUUUAUCAUAGGUACACUUCAACAGUGAGAGACAAAAAUCCAGAAAAUCACAUUGUAUGAUUUUUAAGUAAUUAAUUUGCAUUUUAUUGCAUGACAUAAGUAUUUGAUACAUCAGAAAAGCAGAACUUAAUAUUUGGUACAGAAACCUUUGUUUGCAAUUACAGAGAUCAUACGUUUCCUGUAGGUCUUGACCAGGUUUGCACACACUGCAGCAGGGAUUUUGGCCCACUCCUCCAUACAGACUUUCUCCAGAUCCUUCAGGUUUCGGGGCUGUCGGGGCAAUACGGACUUUCAGCUCCCUCCAAAGAUUUUCUAAUGGGUUCAGGUCUGGAGACUGGCUAGGCCACUCCAGGUCCUUGAGAUGCUUCUUACGGAGCAUCUCCUUAGUUGCCCUGGCUGUGUGUUUUGGGUCGUUGUCAUGCUGGAAGACCCAGCCACGACCCAUCUUCAAUGCUCUUACUGAGGGAAGUAUGGUUGUUGGCCAAGAUCUCGCGAUACAUGGCCCCAUCCAUCCUCCCCUCAAUACGGUGCAGUCGUCCUGUCCCCUUUGCAGAAAAGCAUCCCCAAAGAAUGAUGUUUCCACCUCCAUGCUUCACGGUUGGGAUGGUGUUCUUGGGGUUGUACUCAUCCUUCUUCUUCCUCCAAACACGGCGAGUGGAGUUUAGACCAAAAAGCUCUAUUUUUGUCUCAUCAGACCACAUUACCUUCUCCCAUUCCUCCUCUGUAUCAUCCAGAUGGUCAUUGGUAAUUUUACGAGGUGAGAUCUUGCAUGGAGCCCCAGACCGAGGGUGAUUGACCGUCAUCUUGAACUUCUUCCAUUUUCUAAUAAUUGCGCCAACAGUUGUUGCCGUCUCACCAUGCUGCUUGCCUAUUGUCCUGUAGCCCAUCCCAGCCUUGUGCAGGUCUACAAUUUUAUCCCUGAUGUCCUUACACAACUCUCUGGUCUUGGCCAUUGUGAAGAGGUUGGAGUCUGUUUGAUUGAGUGUGUGGACAGGUGUCUUUUAUACAGGUAACGAGUUCAAACAGGUGCAGUUAAUACAGGUAAUGAGUGGAGAACAGGAGAGCUUCUUAAAGAAAAUCUAACAGGUCUGUGAGAGCCGGAAUUCUGACUGGUUGGUAGAUGAUCAAAUACUUAUGUCAUGCAAUAAAAUGCAAAUUAAUUACUUAAAAAUCAUACAAUGUGAUAUUCUAGAUUUUUGUUUUAGAUUCCGUCUCUCACAGUUGAAGUGUACCUAUGAUAAAAAUUACAGACCUCUACAUGCUUUGUAAGUAGGAAAACCUGCAAAAUCGGCAGUGUAUCAAAUGCUUGUUCUCCCCACUGUAUAUUUUAUAUAUAUAUAAACAUGCGGGAUUGGAAGUGAUGCAGACAAUUACAUUGAUGGAAGUUACAAUCAAAUGCAGUUUUAGAUCAUCUACAGAUGAACAUUCCGGACUAUACAAAUAAAGUGUGACCACAAUUUUUACUGGGUUGCCAUGGAACCCAGGAGCCAGUUAACCUAAGACUGAGAAGCAUGAUGAGGAGAGGAGCUUGUUUUUCUUUUGUGUUUCCAAAAGUGGCUAGUGCAAAAUAUCUCAUGUUUUGACACCUCACACCACGUGUUAAUUGGGAACCCACACUCUUACAAAAAAAGGUGCUAUCUACAACCUAAAAUGGUUCUUCAGCUGUCCCCAUAGGAGAACCCGGUGAAGAACCCUGUUUGGUUCCACGUAGAACCAUUUUGUUUCCAGGUAGAACUAUUUUGGGUUCCAUGUAAAACCUUUUCCACAUAGGGUUCUAAAUGGAACCCAAAAUAGUUCUACCUGGAACCAAAAAGGGUUAUCCUAUGGGGACGGCAGAAGAACCCUAUUCAAACCCUGUUUUCUAAGAGUGCAGCAUGAGAAACUGUAAGCAAAAAAAUAUAUAUAUAUUCUGUCAAUUACAGUAUGUGGAAACUAGGACCCGAUACAUUAGUUACAGCACCACAUGAAUAAUCUGAUGUCUACAUGCAGAACAAUACUGUAAGUAGUUUAGUCACUAUUUCAAGAUCUGCCACAUGGAGUGUUUUUGGGGACCUGGUGAUUUAUAUUGUUGGGUUCCAGUAAUCAACACAAUCAAAUACAGGUUUCCACUUCCAUCAUUAACCUUUUCCAUAAUGCUUACCUACUUAUAACUGUGUAACCUCUGCAGUAGUGGACAAAUCACUGCAAUCAAACAAGAUCACUCAAAUAUCCUGGGAGUUGUUCUUUCUAUCGUUCUAUACCUUUUCACAAUGUUUCAAAACAGUGUUGAUUGAUCCUUCCUGCUGCUCAACACACUGCCUGUUUAUUCAUAGUAUUACAUAGUACGGCUAGCACUCCAUCUCUCUCCAUCAACAAUUCUCCAGCUUUAACCGCUUAUUAAGGAUCACACCCUUCUUUUAAAUUUCCUCCUAAAAUGACAAACGCAAAUCUAACUUCCUGUAGCUCAGGACCUGAAGCAAGGACAUGCAUAUUCUUGGUACCAUUUGAAAGGAAACACUUUGACGUUUGUGGAAAUGUGAAAUUAAUGUAGGAGAACAUACCACAAUAGAAUCUGGUAAAAUAUCAAAUAACCCACAAAAAAAAUUAUAUUUUUAUUUUUGUUGCAUCAUCUUUGACAUGAAAAAGAAAAGCCAUACAUUCAGAUAGGAAGCUGGAAGUAAUUUAGAUGCAGUGUAUGUGCAAACUUUCAGACUGAUACCUUCAAGAAUGAGGGUGCUACAUAACAUUUAGUAUGAAGUCACCCAGGUGUCCCUCACGAGUUUGCCCAAAUGCACCCAAGUGGCCGAAUUGGUCAAUUGAUACAUUUUCAAGUACAUAACUAUAGAGAACAUACAAAAAUGAUAUGGUAAUAAAAAAUACACGUUUAUACACUCCCAAGAAUGUCAUACAUGAUGGAUCAUUAGCUUCCCUACAUAAGACACUAACCUUCACACAUCUAGAUGGCCGGGCGGGGUGGGUGUGGAGCCAGAGACAGUAGCAGGAGUCUGACUGAAUGAACCAGUUUCUACUGGAGGACUUGAAUGUGGUCUCUUUGGUGUUGGCUCAGAGUCAGAGUCUCUAGCAAAAUAGAAGAUGUAAAAAGUUCAGUAAGAAGUCAAGUUUUCUAUUACUUAUUUUUUUUUACCUUUAUUUUAGCAAGGGUGAGCCCUGCAUCAAUACUUUUACGGAUGAGCCAUGCAUCAAUACAUCAAAUAAACAACACAUAUCUAUAAACAUAUUUUAGAGUUUGGGGAACACAAUCACUAUAAUGACAUAUAUUUACCAAUAGUAAAUAGGGCAGACCUACAAUGUACACUGCUCAAAAAAUAAAGGGAACACUAAAAUAACACAUCCUAGAUCUGAAUGAAUGAAAUAAUCUUAUUAAAUAUUUUUUCCUUUACAUAGUUGAAUGUGCUGACAACAAAAUCACACAAAAAUUAUCAAUGGAAAUCAAAUGUAUCAACCCAUGGAGGUCUGGAUUUGGAGUCACCCUCAAAAUUAAAGUGGAAAACCACACUACAGGCUGAUCCAACUUUGAUGUAAUGUCCUUAAAACAAGUCAAAAUUAGGCUCAGUAGUGUGUGUGGCCUCCACGUGCCUGUAUGACCUCCCUACAACGCCUGGGCAUGCUCCUGAUGAGGUGGCGGAUGGUCUCCUGAGGGAUCUCCUCCCAGACUUGGACUAAAGCAUCCGCCAACUCCUGGACAGUCUGUGGUGCAACGUGGCGUUCGUGGAUGGAGCGAGACAUGAUGUCCCAGAUGUGCUCAAUUGGAUUCAGGUCUGGGGAACGGGCGGGCCAGUCCAUAGCAUCAAUGCCUUCCUCUUGCAGGAACUGCUGACACACUCCAGCCACAUGAGGUCUAGCAUUGUCUUGCAUUAGGAGGAACCCAGGGCCAACCGCACCAGCAUAUGGUCUCACAAGGGGUCUGAGGAUCUCAUCUCGGUACCUAAUGGCAGUCAGGCUACCUCUGGCGAGCACAUGGAGGGCUGUGCGGCCCCCCAAAGAAAUGCCACCCCACACCAUGACUGACCCACCGCCAAACCGGUCAUGCUGGAGGAUGUUGCAGGCAGCAGAACGUUCUCCACGGCGUCUCCAGACUCUGUCACGUCUGUCACGUGGUCAGUGUGAACCUGCUUUCAUCUGUGAAGAGCACAGGGCGCCAGUGGCGAAUUUGCCAAUCUUGGUGUUCUCUGGCAAAUGCCAAACGUCCUGCACGGUGUUGGGCUGUAAGCACAACCCCCACCUGUGGACGCCGGGCCCUCAUACCACCCUCAUGGAGUCUGUUUCUGACCGUUUGAGCAGAUACAUGCACAUUUGUGGCCUGCUGGAGGUCAUUUUGCAGGGCUCUGGCAGUGCUCCUCCUGCUCCUCCUUGCACAAAGGCGGAGGUAGCAGUCCUGCUGCUGGGUUGUUGCCCUCCUACGGCCUCCUCCACGUCUCCUGAUGUACUGGCCUGUCUCCUGGUAGCGCCUCCAUGCUCUGGACACUAUGCUGACAGACACAGCAAACCUUCUUGCCACAGCUUGCAUUGAUGUGCCAUCCUGGAUGAGCUGCACUACCUGAGCCACUUGUGUGGGUUGUAGACUCCGUCUCAUGCUACCACUAGAGUCAAAGCACCGCCAGCAUUCAAAAGUGACCAAAACAUCAGCCAGGAAGCAUAGGAACUGAGAAUAGGUCUGUGGUCACCACCUGCAAAACCAGUCCUUUAUUGGGGGUGUCUUGCUAAUUGCCUAUAAUUUCCACCUGUUGUCUAUUCCAUUUGCACAACAGCAUGUGAAAUUUAUUGUCAAUCAGUGUUGCUUCCUAAGUGGACAGUUUGAUUUCACAGAAGUGUGAUUGACUUGGAGUUACAUUGUGUUGUUUAAGUGUUCCCUUAAUUUUUUUGAGCAGUGUAUUUAUACAGACCUAAAAUGUAUUAGCAUAGCCAUUGUGUAUUUUAUGUUGACUGAGUCUGUAGCACUAUAGAAUAUUUUAAAAAAUCAGUAAGAACUCAAGUUGACUAUUUACUUAUUUUAUUGACCCUUUAUUUUAGCAGGGGGUGA